AUGGAUUCAGAUAAGGUGUUGGGAGAAGCGGAGUCUGUUAUUAACAACAGCCAAAUCAAAACCGUCAAAAACAAGGUUAGCAGCAACAACAACUAUAUACACGAUGAUCUUGCAUUUUACAUUCUUUCAAAACUUCUAAUCAAAUCAUUGAAGCGUUUUGGAUGCGUACGCAAAUCAUGGUCCAUUUUGUUUCAAAACUCUCAUUUCAACACCAUGUUUCGCAACAAUUUCAUAUCUAAUACAUAUGAUGAUGAUGAUGAUGAUGAUUCCCAUCAUACAUUUCUCCUCAUGCAUCCUGAUGAUGAUCGCAUUUUUGAAAAUCAAUUGCUUUUGCUCCCUCCUGAUCACACUUUUCAAAAUACACUCAAAUUAAAUCUCCCACCUACUUUUCAACUGGAUAAACCCCCUUGUCUUGCGAUUCUGGGCUCAACUAGUGUUAACGGCAUUCUUUGUCUCAUGGACUAUUGUCCAGGAGGAGAUUUAAAUAAGGUCCGAUUUGUAUUGUGGAAUCCGGCUACCCAUGAAUUUGUAGUCGUUCCUCCUAGCCCUGAUGAAUCCGGACUACCACAUCCAUUUGGCCUUUCCACUCGAUAUAACUUUCAUGGGUUUGGUUAUGACAAAGUUACAGAUGACUUUAAGGUGAUUCAGUAUGUAUCAUUUGACUGGGACCUAAGAUAUGAGAAUGACAAUGGAAUAUAUCGUGACCCCUUGUUUGAGAUAUAUAGUCUAACUAAUAACUCUUGGAGGAUACUCGACAUCCAUAUGCCUGAUUGCUUGGAUUUUCAUUAUACGUCCCUAAUACCAACAGUGUACUUGGAUGGAAUGUGUCAUUUGCUGCUAGACAGUCGAUUUGAAAUGUUUGAAAUGGUUGUGUUUUCAUUUGACUUGAGUCGUGAGGUGACCUUUAUGACACCCUUCGAUAAAAUUUUUGAUGGCGCCCUCUUUAUAACAAAUGAUUUUUCAAUCUAUAAGAGACGUCACUUGGUGGUGUUAAAUGGGUCAAUUGCUUUGAUCUCAGAUAAUAACAGCGAUACUACUUUACAGAUAUCAAUUUUGGGUCAACUCGGUGUGAAGGAAUCAUGGAUCAAACUAUUUAUUAUUGACCCCAUACCUUCUUUUCAGUGGAACCUAAUUGGAGUUGGGAAGAAGGGAUAUAUUUUCUAUAGAAAAAAAGAUGGUGAACUAGCUUGGCUUGAUUUGAGCACUCAAAUAGUCGAGGAGAUUGGUUUUAAAGGAGAGGAAAACACUUGUGAUAUAGGAAUUUACAAGGAAAACCUUCUUUCAAUUCGAGGAUUAAAUAAUUAG